AUGCCUGGCGCUCAUCUUGGCGAACAAUUAAAUGGCAAGACUGGAGGAACACUUCCUGCAAGAAGCAAUACCAACUCCAAAUUGCUGGUUAGAUACAUCGAUGACUAUUUUGUCAACCAUCUAUCUCGUCAUGAUAAGGAGAGUUUAGAUAGUUUCCUACUUUCACCCGCUCCCCGGGGUGUCGCAGUGCACAGUUCGGGAAUCACUGCUAUGAUCUAUCAAUCUUGUCAGGGCGUCAUGCCCCACGGCCAAAGGCAGGCCAUCAAUGUGCUGCAUUAG